AUGACCCAAGAGGCGACGGACCCUGCGCAGGCCAAAGCGCAGCCGCAAGAUGUGGCACCACCGCCCAGCAACACAGAAAGCUCGGCACCUGAUGGCACAACGCGUCCGCCUGCGCCGCCUCUCGAGAGACGCGCCUCGGCGACGCAGCAGCCGCUUCGCCACGGCAGGAAACCCAUCUAUCCGGACAGCGACGCAGAGGCAGAGGGUCUUGAUGCCGACGUAGAUGAUGAGGAGCUCGAGACCGGAAUGCUUCCCGGUCAUGGCGACCACGAGCGUAGUUCGCUGCUGAGCUCAUCCGCCCGCAAGUCCAGUGCAAUCGCGGCUGCUGGUCCGCUCGAUCGCGCCUGGCUCAAGGUGUCCAAGCUGUGGGGCGGCGACAAGGCGCACGCCGCACGCAUCGCCCGCCGUCGCAAGCAGAGGCGCAGCGCUGCCGUCUCGGCUUCGCAGCGCAACUCGAGAUCCAUCCACACCUCCUCUGCCGCUUCGUUUGCCGCCUGGAGGCACGAACACCCUUAUCUCGUCGGCACCGUCUACGCCAUCUUGGCACUGCUCUUCACUCUGAUCGUGCUCAUCGGCGUCGCUGUGGCGCACCUCUACCUCGGCACGCUCAAGACACCUUCGCCCGAAGCGCAGAGCCGCAUCCUGGACGAGUCGCUCUUGCUCAAGGGUCCCGACCGCGUGCAGCUGCUCAACAUCUCGGACCAAGGCAUCCUCGUCCGCGUCGAUGCGCGUCUCGGCCUCGACCCCGACCAUGCGCUCGACCUCUGGCUCGGAGAACGCGGCAAGCAGGGCUGGUGGAAGAACAAGGAGCGAAAGCUCGUCGAGUGGGCCAUGGGCAAGGUCGCCGGCGUCCAGGUCGAUGUUGGCGAGGUGCGCCUCUCCGAGAUUGGAGCCGCGUGGGAUCAGUCCGUGCUGCCCCCCGCCGUCCUCGCAUCAUCGCCCGUGCAAGAUCCUCAAGACAUGCUCGCCUUCCACCUCGACCCGCUCGUUCUGCCUCUGCCUCCGCUCAAUCGCAAAAUCGAGCACGGCGACGCCGACCAAGACUCGCUGCGCCCGCCCAUCCUCGGCAACCACAGCACGCCCGCAGCACAGCACAACAUGAGCCCGCUCAACCUCACCGUGCUGCUCAAGCCCGUCGUGCCUGCGCCGUACAUCAUGGCGUACGCGCAGCACGCCAUCAACAAGGGCAUCGCGCAGCUCGACGUCAAGAUCGCCGGCCUGCGCGUGCGCGGCCUCGCCAAGUCCGAGAUCCACGGCAUCGUCCACGGCCGCAAGGCGGGCUUCUUCGACGUGCCCCGCCGCAUCGACAUUGCGCAGCACCACAUCCGCAGCCCCGUGCUCGAAAAGGUGCCCAAGCUCGACAACGACACCGACAUUGACGAUCUGCUCAAGGUCGACGGAUACGAGUUCUUUGAGAUCGGCAAGGACGACGAGCCCAAAUACAGCCGCGGCGGUGUCGGCUCGAUGCUCGUGCGUGCGCUGGGCAUCAAGGCCAAGGCGAUGGCCAAGAAUCCGCUCGGCAAGAUGCUCCAGGGCAACGUGCGCUACAGCUUGCCGUUCGGUAUCUUCCUGCCCGUCGAUGCCAGCACACCUGCCAAGCAGCCCAAGAAGCCCAAGCAGCCCAAGGGCGGCAAGCUGGGUGCCGAGGACGCUGAGGGGGACCAGCCCGAGCCCGAUGCGUCGGUGCUGAUGGCAGCGGUGGCGACCGAGCCGUUCCGACUGAGCGGCCAGAAGAUCGUCGAGCUCGAGCUGCUGGGUCGCGUGGUGCCGCCUCCUCAGGAUGCACUCGAGACCCGUCUGCCGUCCGAGCAGCUCGCACUCGGCGCAGGUGCGCAGCCUCUGAAGUCUGCCUAUGCCUCGGCUGACACGCAGCUCGACGGCAAGGCAGCGGGCGAUUCGCCGCAGCAACUGGCGCUGAGCAAUUUCCUGAGCCGCUUCCUGCGCGGCGAGGCCAACACGGUGUACGUGCGCGGCGGAUCUCCCUUCCACGUGCCCGUGCCUGCGGGCUCGGCGAGCAGCAACGAGACCGAGACGAUGCCUGGCGACGGAUCGGAGCUGCCCGAGUGGAUGGAGUCGGCGCUGCGGUUGGUGGACGUGCCCAUCUCGUUCCCCGGCAGCAAGGUGACGGAGCUCAUCAAGAACGUCACGAUCAACGACCUCAAGAUCACGCCGCAUCCGUUUGAGCACGACAAGCUUUUGUGCAGCGGUACGGUGAUGGGCGAGAUCAGCAUGCCGGGUCAGAUGAGCAGCAUCGAUGUGCAGAUCACGCAUCUGUGGCCGGACAUCCUCGUGUUUGACGGCAAGCCGCCUAGCAUGCUGCAGAGUCUCGAGGCGGCGGUGGCGAGCAGCUGGACCAUGGUGGGUGGGGCGUUGGAGAGUCUCAAGCGGCUUGCGUUUGUCGGGGUGGAGGAGCACGAUGAGGAGCCCAAGCCGGAGCCGGAGCCGGCACCGCCUCUACCGGAUCCUCUGCCCGAAAGGGCGUUUGGACGCGUGAGGCCAUACGACUUUGCACCUGCCGAGACGUAUGUCGAUCCUACCGACCCCAAGGGCGAGCGAAAGCUGCUCCGUGCCAGGCUCACCGACGUGCCCUUCACGGUGCUGCCUGGGCGUGGAGGCAUCUUCCGCUCCUUUACAUGGAAGCUCGUCACGGGCCAGGGUGCGUUGGUGGGCAUCGAGGGGUCCAGCCGUGCCAAGAUCUGGAACUCGGGCCUCGGCGCUCUCCAGCUGCGCAAUCUGCCCGUCAAGGGCGUCUUUAUGCUUGGAAAGCGCGACUAG